CAAAUUUCUGUAAAGUGAUAACUCUCUUUUUGACUGCAGUAUCCCAAACAAAAGCUUUAGAUUGGUUUGUUAUUAUACACAAACAAAACCCACUAGCCACCAACACCACCACCAGCACCACCAGAAACCCAAAAAACCAUGGGAGAAAAAGAGAAGAAGAAGAACAACAAGAAGCAAAAACACCAACACCCAAAUGAACAAACCACAAAACCAGCUUCAGAUAUUUCUUUCAAGCCUUGUUCCGAGGUAAAAGGCCUGAAAUUUGGAGGCCAAUUCAUUGUAAAAUCAUUCACAAUCCGAAGAGCAAGACCUCCUGAGCUUCUGAAACUCCUUUCUUACCCACCAAUAAAUAAAUCCAACAACAAUAACAAAGUCCAUUUUCCUUCAACCACAGGCUUCUUGCCUACAAACUUCACAAUCUUGGCGCAUCAUGCUUGGCAUACACUUACACUUGGGCUCGGCACCAAAAAGUCUAAAGUAGUUCUAUUUGUUUUUGAAUCUGAAAAUAUGAAGUUGGCAGUGGACAGAAUAUGGCCGCCGGAGAUACCUCUCGGAGAAGUGAACAAGAAGCUUAUAAGAGGGCUAACUGGAUGUGAAAUGGCUCGGUUCAAAUUCAGAAAAGGUUGCAUCACUUUCUAUGUAUAUGCAGUGAGGCGAGUUGGCAACAUUGGCUUCUCAUGCGCCGAUGAUCUAAGAACAAUAUUGCAGUCGGUUGUUGCACUCAACGAUUUCUUGGAUCACACAGUGAUGCUCGCGAUGCCUAACCAGAGAAACAUCAAUUACUGUACUCCUCCGGUCGCUAUGGCUCAUUAGACAUCUCUAUUAUCUUCAAAACAUUCAUCUUUCUUCUUUUUUACAUCAUUAUCAUCAACAUCAUCACCGAUAUAUAUCAUUAUCUCCUUCUUGUAGACUUUUUUAUUUUGUCGACUUUCUAAAUAUUUUUUUCUUCUGGGUAUGGGGAAUUGGUUUAUUUGUUGGGGAUCUUGUUUAUGUUUUAUUUGUCCCGGAAAAAAAUUGUAUUGUAGUAUGAAUAAAUCUCAGUCUUUUACAGUGAAUUCAAACUCUUUGUACAAGGUAAUUGAAACUCUUCAUUUCCAA